CUCAGGUGGCACAGCCCCGCAAAGAACGACCUGAUCUAAUUAGGAAGUUAUUUUCAGUGCUUCUUUGAUUCCUCCUCCUGGACCUAAGAGGGUUACAGAGUCCUGAGGUUCACUCUGUGCCUGCAGAGUCACGGCAGCCUGGAUGAGGGCCAUCUCGAGCCUCCUGCAGCUGCAGCCCGAUCGUCUUCUGUGCGGUUUCCUGUCCUGAGGAGAAGGACUGCAGACCCCUUUGAGGAGCUCUGAGGGGUGGAUCGGCAGUGGAUCAGUCUUUGGUCUCCUGGGAGCACAGCCAUGGGGAACCACGGCUCGAGCCUGGACGACAUCCUGGCAGAGGACAUGCACCGCUGGUACAACAAGUUCAUGAAGGAGUCUCCGUCGGGCCUCAUCACGCUAUUCGAGCUGAAGGCCAUUCUGAACCUGAAGGGCAUGAACGAGGACGCCAACCGCUACGUGGACCAGGUCUUCUUCACCUUCGACAUGGACGGGGUGCGUUCCACACGCUCAAACAUGCAGGACGGUUACAUCGACUUUGUGGAAUACAUCGCAGCCAUCAGCCUGAUGCUAAAAGGAGAAAUCAACCAGAAACUAAAGUGGUACUUUAAACUGUUCGACCAGGACGGCAACGGAAAGAUCGACAAGGAAGAGCUGGAGACCAUCUUCUCGGCCAUCCAAGACAUCACACGGAACAGAGAAAUUGACCCUGAGAAAAUCGUCUCGCUCAUAUUUGAGAAGAUCGACGUGAAAGGAGAAGGUGAGAUGACCCUGGAGGAGUUCAUCGAAGGAGCCAAAGACCACCAAGAUAUCAUGGAGAUGCUGAGAAAUCUGAUGGACCUGACACCGGUCUUGUUGAUCAUUAUUGAGGGCCGGACAGCAAACAAUCAAUCAGAGCAGUGAAAGUAGUGGGCUGUGAUUGGCCUUCUGAGAGCCGGCCCACCUGUGGACAGGUUGAACAAUCAGACAGUACACAGUGGAGGCUGGGGUGGAUUUUCAUGGGAAUAAGACCACGGUGGACAGACUCUGUGAGCUGCAUCUGCCACUCAUCUCCUGCUGUGGGUAUCUCCACCCACACCCCCGAUUCCACCUCAAGGAGCAGGAGUUUGGUGUUGUCAUGAAACCAGCAUCAGUGGAAACAUCUUCAUAUUCCUUUGCCAGAGAACCUCAUUUCAUUCAAGUUUUUUGCCAAUUUUAGACAUUAUUUAUUCAGACAAAAUGUUUUUUGUGCAUUAGAUGAUACCUGAUGCUCAAUUUAACACCAGAAUCCAUAAUAAUAAAAUCUGGCAGCAGUAACAAUUUAAA